CCCCCCCGCCCCCUCUGACCUUCCUCCAAAUUGCAAAUGGAGACAGAAACCCUCUCGAUCUGGCAUCCAGGGGGUCAUCCAUCACAUUGUAUCUAUCUUACAUAUCCGCCUUAUUCUGCUUAGUGUUUACAUGUAUGUAGGGAACAGUGUGGUUCUUUUUUUUUUUGGUGGGGGAAGGGUUGGAUUGGAUGGUGGGGGAAUCUUUGUGCGUUUGUACAUAUGUGGAUUUCUUUUUCGGAUGGGAAGGGGAUACAUAGAUGAAAGGCGACGUUGCGGAUGCAGCUUGCCAUGCGAAUGCACCACCUCUAGCUCCCUAGACAGAAGUAAGUGUUCCCGCUCACCGUCCAUGUCGAGAAUGUGGCCCCUUGCUCUACCUUGAUGACAACGGGAGUUUUUAUUGGUGCUCUCAGAGGGAUAGUCACGUGCUCGUGCCUUGGUUAAAUGCACGCGUUUUUAUUGCUCCCGUCAAAACGGAUGCCGCCUCUGAGCUUCCUUCCAUCUGCGUUCUCCCACCAGUUCUCGCAAGCACAGCACAGCGGCACUGAGCUGCCUUUCUUCUCGCCAGGACGGCAGAACUCCUUCCUAUUCAGCAGCCAAGGCGGCAUAGCCAGCCGCUCGGAAGCAUUUAAAAAGCAUCUCGUCUCUGGUGUCAUCCGUCAAGCAGCAUCGCAGUCACUACGUACAGCCAAGAUGCCAUCUUCCAAGCCGGGAAAAGCUACCAAGGUAGCGGGAGCAAGGGCAAACAAGGUCGUCGAGGCGAAACUGAGAGCAAAGGUCAAGACCAAGGCCCUCCACAAGGCUCAGCCCAAGCUAACCCUUCCGCUCGAGCUGAUUCCAAAUGUAUUCCGCUUUGCUUGGCCCUCCGUCCGCUACAAGAUGAUUUUAGUCUCUCGCCCCUGGCAUGAUAUGCUCAUCAAGCUCUUUUACUCCGAGAUUUUCGUUGUGUUCGAGAGCGACUUCCACUUGCUUUUCAGGACGCUCAACGACAAUCUCGAGCGCUUUCGCUGGAUCACAAGCUUUGAAGUGUAUGCGCAUAGCGAUUCAGAAGAGGACUACACUGCGCCCUGGAGCCCAGACAGCUUCGUCAAGCUCAGCACUCUACUCACGAUCUCGCACCCCGAUCGAGUCUCCUUCACGUUCUCCAGCUUGGAACCUGAAUGUCCUUGCUUGUAUACGCUUGGAUGGAGCAAGGGCGAGUUGACUUUCGAUACGGGCGCCGAAGUCGAAGAAAUCGAAGAUGAGGUCCAUCAUCUGGCACAGACUCUCUGCUGGAUCUAUGCGGACGAAGCCAAGAGUCUCAAGAGCUUCGGCGGCUAUACCCCCAACGUGCCUACAUUCAAGGGUUUGCGAACAAUCGCCCUACGCCGUGACCAGAUCAUUGCCGGCGACCGAACGUGGUACCCGCCCAGAAACCUCGACCAAUGGAGGCUGGAAGUACUCGACCCCUACGAUCGGACGCGCAUCGUCAGCCAGAUUCCGCGAUGGACCCGCUCCUUCGACGUCGACUUUCUCACGCCGCCCAUGAUGCUCCCUCGCUGGCCGGCCCCCAAGACUCCCAUCCCAUCACGCGUACUCAGAUAUGCUCCGCCACGCAAGCCGUACGCCUUUGACAAAUCCGUGAAGAACGAUUGGCGCAGCGAACUCGCCGCUUACAAAGGAGGAGGCGCUUUGGAGAUCAUGUUCCGCAAUGGUGUGUUGUGGAACGCCUAUUAUGAGACCAUCGAGGUGUACAUCGAGAUGGCUGUCGAGAGCAAGAAAUUCCCCGAUGGAGUCCGACGUGUUCGCAUCCCGGACGCCAAGCGCGGCUUGCUCCAUGUGGAUCCACUCCCGCUGCUCGACAUCCAGGUUCCGGACGUCGAAUAUGAGACGGAGGGAGGUUGCAAUUGCCCGUAUCAUUAG